AUGUCGUGGAUCGCCCUCCGUGCGCGCAGGUACUUUGGCGACAAGUCGGACAAGGCGUACCUCCCCCUCCGGGCAGGCCGCGACGACCAGCACCUCCCCCUCGAUGCAAACGACGGGGAGGGGUACCCCCCGCUCAACAGCACGCCGAAAGGUAAAUGGCGGCACGCCGCGCUCCUCGGCGUCGUCCUCGUCAUUGGCCUUGCCUUAGGCCACCUGACAGCGCCGACACGCCGCGUCGAAGCGCUGCACGCGCCGCUCCUCCCGCGCGCCCUCCCCCCGUCUACCGACGCCGACUUAUCCGCCAUCUCCGCCUCCCUUCCCGCGCGCCGCGAGCCGGUGCCGAGCAUAGUUCACUACGUGUACGGCCUGGACGAGAGCCUCGAGCUGCCGUACUUUGCCUACCUGGCCAUCCGGAGCGCGCUGGAGGUGCUCCGGCCAGAGAGGGUGCUCUUCCACUGCGUGUACGAGCCGCGCGGGGUGUGGUGGGAGCGGGUACGCGGGCAGCUCGAGGUCGUGGCGGCGAGAAACGUCACAGUCGUGGGGGUGAACGACGCGCCGGUUGUGCACUACGCCCACAAAGCCGACAUCCUCCGCCUGGAAGCAAUACGCGACUACGGCGGGACGUACCUCGACAUCGACACGUUCGUGCUCCGCCCCUUUACGCGGCUGUACGACUACGACACGGUUCUGGGGAUGGAGGCGGCCGCGAACGAGGCAGACGACAUGGCGCCCAAGGGGCUGUGUAACGCGGUCAUCAUUGCGCGGCCAGACGCGCCGUUCAUAACACGCUGGCUGGCGUCGUAUGACACGUUUGACGAGUCCCAGUGGGCCGACCACAGCGUCGUGAUGCCGUGGACGCUGGCCCGCGCGUACCCCCACCUGGCCACCAUCCUCUCGCACCGCGCCUUCUUCUGGCCCCUGUGGACGCCGGACGGGCUGCGAGAAGUGCACGAAGAGACAGAGGACGGGGGGUACGAUUUCGACGCGGCAGGCCAGCUCGCGUACCAUGCGUGGGAGAGCGUUGCGGCGCGUUAUCUGCGCAAGGUGGACCCCGAGGCCGUGUUGGCUGGCAAGACGGGCUUCACGCGCAUGGCGCGCCGGUUUGCGGCGCCCGGCGAUGUCGACGCGUGGCGCGAGGACCUGCGGCGGCGGGACCUGCAUGCAUAG